ACCAAAAAGGCAGCAAUGAAAACCACACAUUUUGCAAUAGUUAGCUCUAGCUCUCUUUCACUACUUCUCUGCCUUUAAUCUUCCUUUCAUAUGGAACCAAACGUUAACAACAACCCAAAGAUGUUAGAGAAAAAGUGGCUUUCUACUGCUUUGAAUGUUAGAAGCCAAGGAUUAGGAAGUGAAACAAUAGUCUUUGCUCAUGGCUAUGGAACAGACCAAUCCAUCUGGGACAAGAUCACUCCUUCCUUUGCUGAAAACUACCGGGUUGUGCUGUUUGAUUGGCCUUUUUCUGGAGCUGUGAAGGAUCCAAGCCUCUAUGACCCUUUGAAGUAUACCUCCUUGGAAGCUUUUGCAGAUGAGUUUAUCACUCUUAUGGAUCAGAUGGACCUCAAAGUUGUCACCUUUGUUGGUCAUUCCAUGUCUGGCAUGAUUGGUUGCUUAGCAUCCAUCAAAAGGCCUGAACUUUUUAAGAGACUUAUUCUCCUUGGUGCUUCUCCCAGGUAUAUUAACACAGAUGACUAUGAGGGGGGCUUUACUAGCUCAGAUAUUGAGCAGUUAUUGCAGAACAUAGAAUCCAACUAUGAGAACUGGGUUUCUGCCUUCUCCUUACUAGUAGUGGAUCCAAAUGAUGAGCCAUCUGUUAACAAAUUCAGAGAGUGCUUGAAAAGAAUGAGAGCUGAAGUAGCAGCUUCCUUAGCGAAGACUGUGUUCUAUAGUGACUACAGAGAUAUACUUGACAAAGUUGAAACUCCAUGCACCAUCAUUCAGACCUCUAGUGACAUUGUUGUUCCACACAAUGCAGCGGUUUACAUGAAGAACAAAAUUAAAGGGAAAGUUACAUUAGAGUUUGUAGACACCAAAGGGCACUUUCCUCAGCUAACUGCAUGGCUUCAGCUAGUUGAUGUGAUUAAGGGUGUACUUGGCUAGUAAUUCUCAAUUUCAUUCCUUUUGUUACCUUAGUUUUACACCUGUUUCUCAUUUCAUUUAUAGGUUGAUGUAGUGGUGCGAGAAUUAUAUGGUUUCUUGAUGUGGAAAUAGUGUGGUAUGUGUUAAUUAAUUCAUUGUUUGUACUUGUGAAAUAGUGUUGUUAAAUUAGCUUUGUGGGAGUGUACUUUUUUUGUUUGUUUGUAUCUCUUCUCUUAGGUUUGUUGGUCAGUUUAGUGGGGCGGUAAAUCCUUUUUUUUCCAACUAAGUUGACAUGAAUCUUAUCCAUUAAUUGGUGGAACUCAUCUUCAACACAUGAUUUGGACCA